GAUCGAGAACGCAAGAAAAAUUGUGUAAUAGAGCAUAUUUCCUGACGUAAAGGCAAAUGGGUGGGACAAGCCGUUUGAUUGGCUGAGCUGUCUCCCUACUGUUCACCCUUCACUGACGCUGUGAUUAUAUGAAUGCUGUAAGCUCUGCUCAGUUGCUUGUGGACUGCAGAGUUGUACUGAGGGAAUUCAGGCUUCUACAGUAGCACAGCUGAUUUGUACACCAGUGCCUUAUGCUCAAGCUGACAGCACUGGAUACCAUUAAUCUACAUGCAUGUGAAACACAUGUAAAGUCCUACUAAGGAACAUUUCACUACCUGUUCACCACCUGAGGAUUCAGUUUAUUAAUCACAGAUCACUACUAUGGACAAAGAUGAGAAGUCGGAGCCAGCCCAGCUGGUCCAGAUGAAGCGUAUCCCUGACAUCAGUGAACCUGACCAGGAUCCUCCAUCCAGCCCAAGCUAUGAGAACCUAGGCUUCAGCGGGCAGGAAGAUCAGGGGAUGAGCGCUGACCCACCCCCAUAUGACAGUCAGUCAAAUGGUCAACCUAACCGUCACACCAGUGCUCCCAAUGGUAACACCAAGGCCCCCAACGGUCACACCAAGGCCCCCAAUGGUCACUCCAAUGGUCCUACCAGCCCCAGCUCUAAACCACCAGACAGUCAAACGAAGUACUUGUCCCCUGAUAUCAACAUGAGACAGAAGAACGGAGCGACACGCACGCAACAUGGAAGCUCUAAUAGCAACAAUCCUGACGAGAACGGCAGUAAAUAUAAUCGCGUUACCAGCACCAUCUCCAUGAGCAGUCUGAACUUUGAUGAUGUUGAUACAGUUUUGGAUGAAGACAUCAAUUUGGUUUACUCCAAACAUGAGCAAUUACCAAGUAAAGACUUUGGUAAAGAGAUUCGUGGAGCUAUGGAUGUGCAGAAAUACCUGAACAACAUGGCACUGCUGAUAGACCUGCAAGAGAGCAGCCCAGAUGAGAUUGUCAACGCUAUCCUACAAAAGAUGCUGGACUCCAGCGAGAACAAGAACUGCUUUGACCAGGCCAGGUCUGCGCUCUUCACCCACGACAGAGUUCACCAGUUGAGUAAGACCAUCCAGGGUGCAAGUUUCACAGAUGGGGGAUUGGAUUAUGAACAAAACUGGAUCAUAUCAAUGGCUAGCAUCCCGUCUCUCCAGACUCGUCAUGUGGGCAUCGCUCGCCUCAAAAAUGCUGCUAACCUGGGCUGGACAUGCCAGGAAGUUUUCUUUGUUAUUAUAAUUCUGGCCCCUACUAAAGAAAAAAGCACAAAAACUGACCUGGAAACUGCUCGCACAUUUGCCACGAUUUUCUCUGACAUUGAGUUCCGUCAGGAUCUGUUUGAUGCCAGGACAGAGGAGGAGUUCCAGAACAGGUUCAUGACACGUACUAGCGAGCUUGCGAAGAAAUCGUCUGAGCACAAGAUGGAGAACAUGACCUUGGAUGAAGAGGCACUCACACAAAAGAAAAAAAAGUGUUGCAAAUGUCAGGUAGGGACAGGGAUCAAGGAGGACCUCCAGAGGCGCCUCCCACAUUACUGGGCAGACUACAAAGAUGGUGUUGUUGGACCAAAGUCUGUACAGAAAACAGUAUCCACAACAUUUUUCCUGUAUUUUGCCUGUGUCCUGCCAAGCAUUGCGUUUGGUGUGCUAAACGACAACAACACCAAACACUAUCUGAAUGUGGAGAAGGUGUUCUACUCGCAGGUGAUUGGAGGUCUGUUCUUUGCUGUGGUAGGGGGCACCCCUCAAAUUGUCCUACUUACCACAGCACCUCUGGCCCUCUACACAAAGAUUAUAUACAGUAUCAGUGAGGACUUUGACUUGGAUUUCCGCGCCAUGUUUUGCAUGGUUGGGCUGUGGAACACGUUUUUUCUCAUUCUCUACUCAGUUUUUGGACUGAGUGUCUUGAUGAAGUUUUCCACCCGGUCGUCAGAGGAAAUCUUUGCUCUUUUUAUCUCGAUUGCAUUUUCUGUUGAUGCUUUUAAAGACCUUGCCCACAAUUUUGAGGAUUUCUACAAUGGUCCAGGGUGUUCCAGUGCAGCUAACAGUUCAGUCAUCACUAACAUAUCAGCAGUGGUUCCUAAUGACACUCUACACGAGGAACUAGGCUGUCAAAGGGAGGUCAGCAUGCUCUACCUCUUCCUGCUCUUUGGAACUCUCUGGAUCGGAGUCACUUUGUUCAACUUCACAAAAACCCCCUUUCUCACUGCUGGCAAGAGGGAGUUUCUGGCUGACUAUGCUUUAGCCGUGGCUGUGAUCAUCAUGAGCUUCUUUGGGUCUUAUGUCUUCAGACAUAUUAAAGCACAACAGUUUGGGUUUGACUAUGGUAGCCAAGACAUGAAGUAUGGACUGUUUGUCCUGGUGCCCUUUGAAAGGCUGUCUGUGGGUGCAGUGUUUGGAGCAUUACCAUUUGGUUUCUGUCUUUCCCUCCUGUUCUUUAUGGAUCAGAAUAUAUCAGCAGCCUUGGUCAAUGCUCCCCAGAAUAAAAUGAAGAAAGGGACAGCGUAUCACUGGGACCUGUUGGUGAUUGGCUUGGUGAACGGGGUUCUAUCUCUAUUCAGCAUGCCCUGGGUGCACGCUGCCCUCCCUCACUCCCCCCUACACGUGAGGGCGCUGGCAGAUGUGGAGGAGAGAGUCGACCAAGGACAUAUUCACCAAAUAGUGGUUCGUGUUCGUGAGACUCGACUGACGGCUAUCUUCUCCCACAUCCUGAUAGGAUUGUCCAUUUUGAUACUGCAAUACCUGACUGUCAUCCCUACGGCUGUGCUCUAUGGACUCUUCCUGUACGUGGCUGUCACAGCACUCUAUGACAACCAGUUCUUUGAGAGAAUGCUCCUGUACAUAACAGAACAGUCUGCGUACCCGCCUAACCACUACAUACGUCGGGUGCCCCAGAGGAAGAUCCACCUGUUCACUUUCACCCAGAUCGUCCAAUUAGCCGUGCUAUGUCUGUUUGGUUUCUACCCUUUCCCAUACCUGAAGAUGUUUUUCCCUGUCCUCAUUUUCCUGCUCAUCCCAGCCAGACAUAAGAUUAUCCCAAAGAUAAUUGAGAAGAAAUACCUGGAUGCUCUUGACAGUCAUUAAGGCUCUUCAUAGCCGUACUUAAUGAAGACAGGUGGGUGAACUCGUCUGUGUUGACAGGGCCGCCGAUAACAAUGAUGGUGCCUGUUUGAGCAGGGACGAUGAAUCCUUCAGGCAUCAGGGACAAACAUGAUUACCUUACUUCUCAACAUCUCGACAUGCAGAUUUUGUAGUCUUCCGUUGAGAAAGUGCUCGAAUGCUUAUCAUUUUACUGGCUCCAGUAUCAUGGCUAAGCUGCCGCUAUUAAUCUUAGCAUCAGAGCUGUUUGAAAAUACAGAGCUAUAAGACUACAUCGUAAGAGCAACUAUCCAACAUCAUUAAGACCAUACACAUAUAUGUAAAACUUGCCCCAAACUAUUGUAACAAAAAAUUCAACAUUAGGUCACAGUUUUAGCUCAAGUAAUAGCUUCAUUGUUAAAUCAUACGUGUAAGGUUGUGUUAAUAUUGACAGAGCUUAUUGGUCCUGGGGUAAUAGUGCCAGCCUGAGCUCUAUUACAUUCAAUAUUCCCCAAAGUACUCUGAUUUGUUGACAUCAAUCAAACUGUCAGUCAGAAUGCACAAUCCUAGAUUUGAUACCCUUAUAAGAUUUUCUGCCUUGAACUUUAUUUUACCAAGAUGUGAUAGUGCUGUUAAGGAAUGGCAGUUAAUAUAGACUCAAGAAAACAUAAGCACACAAAUUGGUGUUAAUUUUUGGUCAUUACUUCCCUUGCAUGGUUGGUCUCCCUUUAUUCAGUCAGUUGCGUGUAGUUUUUGAUAGUGAAUAUCUGUAGCAUGUAUUGUGCCCUCAUUGACAUUUUUGGUAAUCAGACAGCGCUAGACAAUGUGGCUGCUUAUGAAAAAUGUUUUGGCAUCGUUUUCCAGCAAUAUGUCCAUAAAGCCUUCAUAUACAUAUACACAUAUCGGCCAAGUAGAUAGCCCAGUUACAUGCAUGUAUUACAUUCCAC